CAGGGUGCUUGCUUGGUCUGCUUCUAAUUAUUUCUUAUUUAGUUGGAUGUUGCCAGGUCAGACAGGUCUAACAUGGCUGGGCUAAACAGAAAUCUGAGAGCUGCUUUCAUCACAGUGAAUGUCCUACUUAUCAUUGUGUUUGUCAUGUUAGUGACCUCUGUGCAUGUGCUGACCAACAGGGAAGACGUAAGGAUUGAUGGCGAAAAAUAUGAUAUCCAUAAAACACUCUGGGGUGUAGUUGGAGGAAUCCUGAUGGUAUCUCUGCUUGGCUUAUUGGGUGUUCUAAAGGAGAAGAGGUGGGCCCUCAUAUUGUACAUUAUAGUAAGCGUAAUCGGUGUGCUGAUAUUCCUAUUUUUUGGUGUACCAGCGGCUUUAAAUGCUGUGGACGCGUCAAAGAUUGUAAGCUUGAUACACGUGUUGGGCAUGCCUACUCCUGGAGUUGUGAGGCUUAUGAAUGUGUUGGUGGCCACCUACCUUGUGCCUGCUGUAUUUGGGUUCAUUGAGGUGGUCCUGGCAUCCGUGCUGUCAUGUCAGCUGCGCAAACUUCAGGCGACCAGGCAACAAGGGCAGGAGCUCAGAUCAAUCGACCAGACCAAUGCACACCACCCCUCCGCCUCUCCUCAAUACUACCCUGUCAGCCAGACCAAUUCAACCUCCCCCUCCAUCUAUCCCCAACUCAACCCAAGCAGCCAGGAUAUGACCGCCCCAGUCUACUAUCCUCCUAGCCAGGCCGUGCCCUCUUAGUAACGCAACAGCUUCAGCGUUGCUACCAGUCAGGUCAAGAGCAAUGCAAGUACUUUCUGAGUUCCUGGGAACUCCUCCCACUUUGUUGGGAAGCAAACAAGUGAGGCCAUUUGGGAAAUGUUAAUUGUUAUGCUCUUGGUCAGACAAAGUCUCGAAGAUAUUUGAAAGUCAAUGAUAAUCAGGCUACUAUCCUCCAUCUCCUGUAGCUCCUACACAGUAAACAAAAAUAUAUGCUAAUGUUGCUAAUCUUCUAAUGGUGCUAAUGUUCUGAAGUGUGACUUGAGUCACAGGCCCAUAGGGGGGCCACAUACAGUCCAAUUUAUGAAGAUAUACUGUAUGGCUGGGAGGGUCCAUUGGAGCUGAUUUACAUAGGGC